AUGCCCAGACUCUCCACGUUGACGUCGAGGACACAAAAGGGCCAGGGGAUCGCAGAAAACCUAAGGGCCCGCCAACAAGUCACUAGCGCUAUGGAUGGAGUCUAUAACCGGGUUGCAAGUUACGCAUCUGCCCAGAUAGGCCCAGACUCGUACGUGUCCCUCGGCAUCGAAUUUCGACUACUUAGCCUAGACGAGGAUGGAAAGCACCUCGGUCUCCCAAAUGCUGAUCCCGGGGAUACUGGUCCUGCUAGCCUGGUUUUCUUUGAACCUCGAGGUGCUGAAUGGGUUGCUCCUGUUGUUAUUGCCAACCCCGACUACGAGAAACGACUGAAGAGAAUCACUGAUAGAUCCGAGAUCGUCCAAGGUAAGGUACUGCUUCGGAAUCCUCAUUCUCAGGCAUCGUAUCUAUAUUCGUGUCUGGAAUGGAUGUUCUUCCAGUACCGACGACAGUUCUACCGCGAAAAGGAUGGUAAAGUCCUCCUUAACGUUAGGGAGGUGUCGAGAUGGUUAGAGAGCGGUGAUAUCGUGCCAUCGGUUAUCGAUGAGAAGUUCUACCCAGCUCUUUGGGGAUCCGUUCGAUGGUCGCCAUCUUCUGCCUUUGUGCCGAAGAAAUCCCUUUAUCCCGAAGGACGACCACACAUUAUGAUCACGAUCUUGAUCGGGGAGGAACCAACCGAAGAGCUGUUGCAGGCAGAGGUGAUGACCAUUACCGCAGCUAUAAUCACACGACUAGACAACGAUGAAUUGUCCGAGCACAACACCAUUCCAGUCAUGGCAAUCACAAUAUUCGGUCAAAUGAAAGCCCGGGUAAUCGAAGCCCAUUCCAGUCAGCAAGGUCUAGUGAUAAAGAAGACUCAACUGUUUGAUUUCUUGACGGACGAUGUCGGGAACAAGAAUAUGGACAUUCUGCUCGCAUUCAUGUGCGCCGACCUAGUCGGAAAAACCAAGGAACCCAAUGUUCCAAUCAACAUCCUUCAGCUCACCAAAGGCGGGCAGGCUACAGAGGACGAAGAGCGGAGGCUUCAAGAAAAUGCUCAGCAAAUUGCACCUUAA